AUUGUAGUCAUUUCUAUGGCAACUUCACAAGCUAGAAGAUUAUAACAAGGAUUUCAAACUAAACAGUGAACAUUUAUUGCAAAAAUAUGGAUAGAAAACGGGGCAAAGAAGGUCCAACGUAGUUUCUGGGUUGUAUUUGGUCUAAUUUCGUUAUUAUGGCGGCCAGCAAUGCGCUGGCAAGCCAAGGAUUGCCGCUCGAAAAUGGUGGUGCAUCAUCGGUGAAGAAACAAAAUGGGAAAUUAUCCCGUGUUCAUUGCCCAGUUGUCAUGCCAAGAAACCCAAAGUUGAUCCGUGGUGAACCAUUAGAGGAAAAGCAAGCACCCUCGGCAUUUCUUGCCGAGAUGCAGCUCACAACAGAUGAAAAAUUAAAACGAACUUGUGAGAUGAGGAUACCACAAAUUAUAGAGCUCUUGGACAUGUCUGAAACAACACAUCAGAAGUUCACAUCAUUAGAAAUUGAUGAACCAAUAUUCCAACCAUUUCCAUCCGAUAUUGUGUUUCAAAACUUUGAACCAUAUGAGACAUAUCAAGUUCCAUUGAAGCUGAGAAACAAUGAUAAAGUCGCUCGCCUAAUUAAAGUCACCGAGACAGAUUCUCCGUAUUUCAAAGUGAUCAGCCCUUCAGAUGUCGGCCACAAAGUUGCUCCAGGGAUGGACAAGGUGUUCAUGUUGCAGUUUACCGCUGACCAGAAGAAGGACUAUUUUCAUGAGCUGAUAUGUGUUACAGAAAGAGAGAAAUUCAUAAUCCCUGUAAAAGCUAUCGGUGAACGUGCUAUAAUUGACUUUCCCGAUUCAGUGAACUUUGGCAGCUGCCCCGUUAAGGACAUGACGACCAAGACCUUGUUUGUGAGAAAUAUUGGGAAAAGAGAGGCGAAAUUUUCACUUUCUUUGAAAAGGCCAUUUUCCGUUACCCCUAACAAAGGCAGUUUAGCGGUUGGUGAAAGUAUGCAGGUUCAUGUCGAGUUUAAAGCAUUAAAGACCGGAGAUUAUGAGUGUAACAUGGUCUUACAUUACGAUACAGGUGAAGAUGUGUACAUCACUCUAUAUGGAGCCGCAGUUGAUGUUAAUGUCCGAUUGGAUAAAAGCACUCUAAAAUUAGAGAAUACGUUUAUAUCGUGUAUAUCACAGAGAACUAUCCUUAUUCACAACAGAAGCGAGCACAUUGUAAAUUUUCGUUGGACCAGAUUUGCAACAUUAACAGAAGAACUGCAGCAUAAAGAGAGGUGCAAGCUGGAUCUCAAACGGGAGGAAGAAAUGGAAAAAGACGUUUUUCUUAUGGAAUGUGCGCAAGAUGUCACCAUACGAGAUCAAAUGUCGAUUCUUCAGAGAUCAUUUCAGACAAGAGGCCAGACGGUAGAUGCAGACAAACUAAUUUACAAAGACGAUGUUCUUGAAGUUCAACCUAGUGAAGGUGUUAUUUGGCCUAAUUCUUCGAUGGAAAUCAAUAUUGUGUUCACUCCAUUGGAGGCACAAAGUUAUGCUCGAACGAUGUAUUGUGAUGUGGCUGGUAGAGAAUCUCGUCUACCCCUGCGAAUCAGAGGCGAAGGAGUGGGACCACGUGUGAUGUUCUCGCUCGACUUUCUCGACAUCGGAAAUAUAUUUGUAAACUCAAAACAUUCGUAUGAGGUUGUGCUUGCGAACAAAGGUGAUAUCGAUGCUGUGUUCUCGUACAUUCAUUCCCAGUCGAUGUUCGGUCCCCUUUUCACAUUCUCUCCAUCUCAAGGGAUCGUCAGGCCCGGAGGAUACCAGGCUAUCAAGAUCGAUUUCUGUUCACCAAUUCUCGGCAACCUGAAUGAAGAUUUCUUCUGGGCCAUUGAGGGAUCACCAGAGAAGCUUGUUUUCAACGUACAGGGUUGUGUGAUUGGUCCUACCUUUCAUUUUGAUGUACCUCGACUGGAUUUUGGCGUAAUAUCUUACGGAUUUCCCAACAGAAUGCAUUGCUCGUUGAUCAACACUUCUUUGAUCCCAAUGACAUUUACGUUGCGUGUUCCUGCGGAUGAAAUUGAAGGAAUGAACAGCUUCAGCGCAAUAACGAGUGAUUACUACAGCCAAGAAUCACAAGAAUGCAGGCGAAGAGAGUUUGAAAUAACUCCAGUUACCGCCACUUUGACUCCACAGAGCACCCAAGAAAUACAGAUCGACCUGGUAUCAAUGACUGUGAAAAAGUACGAUGUGACAUUAGUUGUCGAUGUUGAGGGUGUUGGUGAAGAAAUAGCUUCGUUGCCUUUGCUUGCAAAUUGUGUCGUGCCAGGAAUUAACCUGCUUACUCCAGUGUUGGAUUUUGGCAAAUGUUUUAUCAAUCAUCCGUAUGAGAUGACAAUGGAACUGAUGAAUGAUUCUGAUCUUCCUGCAAAAUACGAACUUAUUGCGCAAGUUGCUGAAAACCACAGCAGUGUUUUAUUCUCCAGUCCUGAGCCAAAGGGCAUCCUUCACCCACGAACGAUCAGUAAAGUUCCACUCCAGAUAACCGCUGAAAGACUGGAGGAAAGAUAUACUGUUGCUUAUCUCCUGAUUCACGGCAGCAAUGAUCCACCACUGGAAGUUGAGAUCCGUUGUUUUGGUGAAGGGCCGGUAGUCCAUGUCUCUCCUAUGGAAAUUGACUGGGGUAAUAUCCCUGUUUUGGCUGAUGUUGAAAAAUGUUUAACUUUAUCAAACGAGUCGCUCAUACCAGCUCGCUUCACAUGUAACACGGCGCGUGACAAGUCAUCUUUCUCAGUUCACCCUGCCGAAGGAGUAGUUCCCGCGGAGGAAGACAUGAAGAUUGUGGUUACGGCGAAAGUUGACGAUUGUGUCAGAUUCCAAGAUAAAGUGUUGAUAAAUAUUGGCGGAAUUCAAGUGCAUACAAUAAAUGUGAUGGCCUAUGGCAUGGGAACGACGAUAGUCUCCGAUCCUCCUUUGAUGCCAACGGUGAACUUUGGUCCGCAGUUCAGUCACAAUACCUGUUCUAAGGUGUUUAAGCUGACCAAUAAUGGCCGCAGAUCUCAACAGCUAUACUGGAUGACCGAAGGUUUCUCCAACUACAAAGCCAAGCUCAAGAAGGAGAGACACAAUAAAGAGUUGGAUAAAAUUACCCAGGAUAUCCUUAAUACUCCAUCUUCAGUUGGUCCAGUUUUUAAGCUUACGCCUGAAAGACUGUCCUUAGAUCCAGGACAAAGUCAAAAAAUCAAAAUGGAAGGUUUCUCAUUGACACCUCAGAUCGUACGCGAGAAAAUGAUCUGUCAUUCUAUCAUUGGCAACUCGAUUGGAAAAGAAGUGAUAAUGAGAGUGAAUGUCAAGGCGGAAUUUAUCAGCCCUCUGUUGCAAUUUUCAGAAAGAAAAAUCAACUUCUGUGUGCUGAAGUAUCCUGGUACAAAGUUAGAAAGAAGAACGAAAGAACUGUUGAUGGAAAAUGUCUCAUCGCUUCCUCUCAGCAUGAAUUUAAGAGUCGAAUAUCCCUUUCAAUUCAUGCGUAUUGAAGCUGGUUGGGAAAGCCAAAAUUCUGAUACUUUGGACGUGACCCUGGAUGUAAAGAAGAGCAUUCCUGUAAGGAUCGAAUUUGAUCCUGGUUUUGAAAACAACGCGUUCUCGAGGACUGCCAAACGUCCGCUGAUAGUCACGUACAAAGAUCAUCCACACGAGGACUAUCUGGAGUUGACUGGUGGUGUUUACUAUCCGAAUCUUACAUUUGAAACUGCCGAGGUUGACUUCGGCUGCAUUCUCAAUGAUACAGAAGUGACUCGGAGUGUCCUUGUCACGAACAACAGUCCAAUGGAUGUGAAAUAUCACUGGUCGUUUGUUGACAGUGACUUGCGUAUCGAGAAAAUUGUCACUCUUAAUGAGCGAGCUGCCGUUGUUGCGGCAGAAGAACAACCUGGACCAGGUGAUGAAGAUGAAGAAGAGAUGGAUAUCAUUCUUCCUGGUGACAUGAAAGAUGAGAAUGAUGCUGCUGAUUUCGAACCAGAGAUUCAUGUAACUUCAAGUGAUUUGGGAAUCCAAGAGGUGUUCGACAUACUGCCGUUAUACAGCACGCUGAAGCCCAACGAAAGUCAGCGAAUUCAAUUUACAUUUUACGGUCAUUCUGGUGUGCGAGCUAAAGCCAUGGCGCGCUGUUCCGUUGACGGUGGUCCAGAUUAUGAUUUGAUGUUGGAAGGCAGUGCCUCGCUCGCCAGCUACUUCUUCAAUAAGAAGAGUGUAAAAUUUGGAAAACAGUUGUACGACCAGAUGGGAGUGUCUGAAAUCAUUCUUUAUAACUCCGGUAAAGUUGGCCUGGAUUUUGUCACAAAUCUUGAAGCCACAUCAGACGAGAGGCAGCCUGGUAAGAUCGCAGUCACUCCAUCGCGAGGUCACGUUAAAGCCUUACAGAAGCAGAGUAUUGUCAUCAAAUAUAUGCCUGGCAUUCCAACCAAGUUCAAGAAGAGCUUUACGAUCCGGGUCGGACAUUUCGAACCUGAGAAGAUCGACCUUACUGGUGAGGGAGUAUUUCCAAGAAUCGCCUUGGAUCUUCCACGUGACAUAGAAAAUGAAAUCUUCAAGGAAUUACUGGAAGUUGCCAAGACGAAUUUAACGAAUGUUGAAAAUAUCGACGACGAUGACGAAGAAGACGUUUUCAUGGAUAAUUCUGAGGAGCGCAACAAUGUGAUGGACGAACUAAUGGAAAUUGAGAGACUGCAGGUGAUUGACUUUGCUCUGGAACAACGGAAUAAUGUCAAGAAUGGCGUGAAUCAGAGCUUCAGCAAUAGUAAAAAAGGCGGAACAAAGAAAUCGAAACCAAAACCACAGCUGAUAGACUAUGUCCUUGACUUUGGUUAUGUCGUGUCUGAUACUGCUCCAGAAUACAGCUUCCACGCCGCCAACUGUGGUUAUUUCCCAGCCUCGUUCAUGGCAGAUAAACAAGCAUUACAUAAUUCUGGCUUUACCAUUCACAUGGAUCGAGUGAAGAACUUGCCUGGAUUUCCUGAUCCAGAGAGCGUCGCGAUCACCGUUGUCUUUGAUCCAAAGAAUGCCAACAUCCCAGAAGGACCAUUACGAUCUCGCGUGCCUAUCAAUAUUCUAAAUGGUCCAGUUAUUGGUAUAGUUUUGAAGGCCAUCGUCACGAUGCCAGAUAUGGCGCUUUCAACUAAUAUGUUGGAUUUUGGGAAUGUUCAGUGUGGUCAGUGUAAGCUGAUGACUAUGCAACUGUUGAAUGAUCAACAUGUCAGCUGUCAGUGGUCUUCUGAGCCGGCGGAAGGCAAAAAGAAAAAGGUCGACAAGAUAACUCCGUUGCAUUUGCGAAAGAAGCUAAAGGCGGAACCAUUGCAACCAAAACAUUUUGAAAUCAUGCCACCAUUUGGGAUUUUAGCUCCUGGUCAGAGAAUCAACGUUCAAGUAAAGUUCAUGCCCACUGAGGAGAUGACUUAUAACCAACGGUUGAAGAUCCGUAUUGCUCAAACAAAGAACAAACAUGUGAUAACAGUCCGGGGUGAAGGAAGCGAACCUAAAGUAGAGUUUACUUCGUCUGUUCUGGAGUUUGGUCCAAUCCUUCCUCAUUCUUUUGGCGACGAGAAAGAAGUCACUAUUCAGAAUCCUUCGUCUUUUCCAAUCGAGAUAUACUCGCUGGAGUUUGAUAAACAAUAUUUGGAAGAAGAAAAGAUCUUGCGUGCUAUGAAAGGCUACGAUGAAUACAAUACGAUCCUCUUGCCUCCGCGGAACGCUGGCGAUCAACUACCCUCGGAACUCUCCGAACACUUUUACGAACAAGAAAAAGUCAAAGAGGAGAAUGAGAAGAAGAGGGUUGAAGCGGUGGCUAAAAUGUUUGAUGAACAGUUGAAGGGCAGUCAGACAGAUUUGCAAACUUCGCCUCAUUCCGAGGUGUCACAUUCUGCCUUUGAUGAAGAAACGGCCGUGGAAGAUUCGACCAAAAUACCGCAAGAUACUACCGAGAUAACUAAAGAAGAUUCAGAGCCUGAGAAGACAGAUGUUGGUGAACUUGAGAUCACUCCAGUGUCUGCUGCCAUCGCCAACUAUAUUGGUAUUGAUCUCUCCCCGGAAGGUCGGGCCGCAAGAAACAGACGCGGUAUUUCCAUUGUGGUGCACGGUGCGCCGUUAUCUGGCAAGACUAGCACGGCUAUCGCGCUUUCCAAAUUAUAUAAUGCUGUUUUAAUAAACGUCGAUGCUGUUGUCACCGAAGCAAUACAACUGGGAGCGACCACUGCAGGUAUUCGUGCUCGAGAGCUGUGCGCUGCAUCUGCAAAGUCAGUUAAAGAAGCUGAGGAAGGCAAAGAUAAUGCGCUUUCCGGUGCGUUAAGCGUCGAGGCAGUCACCGCUCACACGGCGCAGACAUCAGGUCAGGUCGGAUUAGCCGGUACCUCGUCCGCUAUUGGCGUCCAGUCCUCUAUCAAGGAGUCUCGCCGUGCUACAAACUUCUUUGGCCCUAAAGGAAGCCAGGUUGGGAAGAAUCAGCAACCCGCGCAACCUUCCCCACCCGCAAGCCCGCAGACGUCGGAACACCCGCCGCGGAGGUUGAGCGUCAGCGCCAGUGUUGCCGGGGAGGAUGGAAUGUAUUCGUGUAUUCUGCCCGAAGACUUGUUAGUUGAAAUAUUGGCUGAGAGAAUGCAGGUGAACGAUUGUCAUCUCGGAAUCAUCAUCGAUGGCCUGGACAGCAUGUUUACAAGAAACAGCCAAAGCACUGCGUGUUGUGUUUUACGCGCUCUAAACAACAGAAAAUAUAUCUUCUUUGUUACCUUGACUUUGGAUCAUGCAAAACUGAAAGCUAUUGAUGAGAGAAAAAAGGAAGAAACGCUUCAAAAAGAACGCGAGAAGGAGGCAGCUGAGAAGAAAUGGCUGGAGGAGAUGUCUGAAGAUGAAUACGAUGCUUUAAGUGAACAGGAGAAAAGUGAUGUUGAUAGAAAACGUUUGAAUCAGAAGAAAGAGAAGAUGAGGAAAGAGGAGGAGGAGAGAUUGGAAAAAGAAAGAAAGGAAAAGGAACAACUUGCUUUGUUGGAGGAAAAAAGAUUGGAAGAAGAAAGGGACAAAAAGGGUCGAAGGAAGACGGUUCAACAAGCAUCCCAAAUGCGGAAAGGCGCACCAGAUUCCAAAGACAGCGAGAGGAAGCGAGAAAAAACAUCUGACAAAAUGUCCGGCACUCGUAGUGUCGCUCAAAUUCAUGAACAUUCUGGUGUUCGAGGUGCUAAUGCGCCAUCGGCCAUCUCAGAGAGAUCAGAUAGUUGUGAUCCACCAGGAGGUGAUGAACGUAAACGACCCAGUGUUAUCAAAUUGUCCAAGCAACGUCAGGCUUCAGCUCUUGCCACGCAUGUGCCGCCUGUGAUUGCUGUUGAUGAUAAAGUUUCAGAAGAAGAUGAGAAGGAGAAAGAAUUGAUUAAAAAGUUUCAAAAGUUCGAGGUUUCUCUACGCGACGUGUCCUCGCUGCUGGAGAACUGGGACAGAUCCACGGGGAACGUGGUACGAGUUGACACUCCGAAGUCCGAAACGGAGCCUGAAAUUACACAAACUGGAUCAAACAAGAAGAUGAGGGAUAAGAAGAGCGAAAAGGAAAAAGAGAAAGAAAAAGUGCUGAAAGAGAAUAUGGCAUCUCCACGAGACAGUUUUGUAUUUCCGAUCAAAGAUGAAGUAAAGACUGUGAACAAAGACGGUAUUGGUGUUCCUCAUGUUAUCUUUGAGACCACAGCACCAGGUGAAUCGCAGAAAGACAAACUGUUGUCCAUGACGACCUUACCUACACCCCAAGAGAUCUUGGAUGGUCUUGGUCUGGGUCCCCAAGGACCACCUAUCCCUCCUCCAGUGACCUUUGCAGUGAUCCCCUACCCUGUGAGGCGAAACUCACCCUUUGCAUCUGAUACUUCUCUUCAUUACCUGUUUGUCGCCUCGGGACCAAGCGAUCCUAACGUCGCUGUUGAAGAGAAGGCGAAGAAAGCUGAUCCCGAAAUUGAAAAGGCUGAUUCUAGAUCAGAGAAGGAACAUAGUAGUCGAGGUAAAGGUGCUGCAACCAAGAUGAGUCGUGAGAAAGACGAGCCGCGGGAAAGUGGCGCGAAAUCAAAACGUGACCGAGUAUCCAGCAGCGGUAAAACAGCAAGAAGAAGUUCCCUGAGUGCUGCCUCAUCUCCACCACCAACACAGGAAGAUGGAAGAUUAAGUGGCGAGGGUGCGUCGGCUACGAACGCAAUCUUGAGCACACAUCGCUGGGUCAUACCUGCGAACGGUUCUAGUCUGUUGCGAAUAAGAUUCAAAUCUGAAGAUCUCGGUCAAUUUGAUCAAACGCUGAACUUCGAAAUAGUCGGCACGAGACGUCGAUAUCAAGUGUUCUGUCGUGGAGUUUGUGCCUUUCCUUCGAUCAGUCGAGAGCCGCGCAUCGUCUUUCAAAACCGCAGGAAGAUCAAGAAACGCGAGGAGAUCGUCCACAAGAAAUUCAUCUUGAACAGCGAGACCUACGAAUUUGGUCCACUUUUGUGCGGGAAAACCCGCGAGAAAUACAAGGAAGGAAAGUACCCAGAAAACAUGGAAACUAUUACAAUCUCGAAUACAUCACCUCUGCCUGCUGAGGUUUCCUUCUGUUUCCAACAUGAUAAUAACGGAACGACAUUCCUUGUGGAUCCUCCGAACAUGACUUUACCAUGUGGUGCUAGCGAGACACUCACAAUGUGGGCUUACCCGAAGACAUCUGGAUCAUUUGAAGACGUAUUGGUUUGUUGUGUUCGCGAAAAUCCAGAGCCAAUAUUGUUUAAAAUCAGCUGUCAUGGCGUGAGACCUGAACUAGAAUUGGACAGAAAGCAAUUACCGUUUGAUCGUGUCCUUUUACACAGGAAAGACACGAAGACUGUGUUUCUUCGUAACAGUACAUUACUUCCAGUACAGUGGCGGUUGAAUGGUUUAGAAAAUCUUGGUGAUGACUUCUCUGUUAUAACAGAUCAUGGCGUAAUUGAACCGAGAUCAGAGUAUGGUCUUCAAGUGCAUUUCAGAGCCGCCCGGCCAGUCACUGUCAAGAAGGUGAUCAGGUUGGAGGUAUCAGACGUUGAACAGAUAAUGGGUUUAGUUCAAGCUGAGAAUAUUCAGGUCAUUGGAGAAGCUUAUGACGUCGCUUUGGACAUUAGUUUUCCAAAAGGAGCUGAUGGCGGUCUUGAUUUUGGAGUUUUGAAAGUAUUCGACGAAUCCAAGCAGUCCAUGUCAUUAAAGAACAAAGGACGUUAUGAGAUCAGUUACAAUUUUGUAUUCGAUACGACGAGAAACGCGAAUGUCAAUGAAUUACUCACAAUCGUACCUCAGAAAGGCGUUCUGGUUCCUACGGAAAGACCUACACAAGUUGCGGUUAUUUUUAGAUCACGUUCCGAAGUCUCAUUCAAAGACGAGACCAUGUUGAAGUGUCAGAUAAUCGAGCCACACAUCGGAAGCGCUGGUGAAGUGAUUGCCAGUAUUCCAGUUAAGAUCAGUGUUCGGUCAGUGUACAGUAAGUACACAAUCUACCCAAUCAGCGAUAUCAACUUCGGAGCAGCUCUCAUAAACACGAAGAAGACGCGAACGUUCACGAUCGAGAAUAAAGGAGAGUUUGAUUUCCGAUACACGAUUAUGAAGAUGAUCAACGCCUUAGGACGGCAGAAACAGGUUGGACCCAAUUUGAAACGAGAGGGGUCUGGGUCGAAUCGUUCCCAGCAGCCAACUCAACAACAUCAAGGUUCUAUAAGCCUUGGCGCUGGAGCGAAACCCAGACGAGCUGAUUCGGUCAAAGGAAGUGAAUAUUUUGGUGGCGGUGCGCCGAAUAUCCGCCAACAGAUUGGAAUGUUUACACUGUACCCUGCCGUUGGUGUUAUCAGCCCGGCUGCGUCAAUGCAAGUUACCAUCGACAUGAUGGGAGAGAACCCCGGAUAUUGUGAAGAACUUUUAGCUAUCGAAAUCACAGACAGACAACCAUCUGAUAAUCCUCAUGGUAUUCCCUACAAACUGAUUGGCGAAGCGGCCAUCCCAGGCAUCAGUGUGAUCAGUCCAGAAUAUAUUGGAUCAGUAUUUGAAGAGCAUCGUAUUGUGCAGAGUCUCAGUCGUUUUCAGUUCCAAUCUGCUGAAUUAGGCAGCGGUACCGGCGUGUACGGUGAACAAGAGAAUAAGUUUAUGUUCUUUAAUUCAAUCGUUGGAAGGAAAAGUUCUGCGAGGUUUAAGAUCACCAAUCCAAACAAGAUAUCCUGCGAUAUUAUGAUCACAGUGAAACCCACGUCAAGCAAAGCAUCCGCAAAAUGGCACGAUGUCUACGAAGUUAGUCCAAGCCGAGCGUGUAUUGGAAGAUAUGGCAGUCUGUACGUCACCGUAACGUUCACACCCCCCGCCAUGCAAGUUUACUCCGCAAUAUUUGAAGCUGCGGUUGACGGAAUGACGGGGGUGGUGUCACGGUACCGUAGCCUCACGUUUGAUAUUCAAGGCGAUGGAAAUUUGCCUAGAGUCAGCAUACAACGACCUGCAACCCGCAACAAAUCAGGCAACCUGAUUAUGCUGUUCAAACCGCUCCUGUUGGGUAGAGCGCAAGUGCUACCCUUGGUCCUUACGAACGAUGGAAAUUUAGAUGCUGAUGUCAAGAUGACGCUAACGGACCCCGAAAAGUCGUUCUCCAUAACACGUACCAGUCUCUCGCAGGACGACGAAGUACCGAAAGACGAUAUCCUACCAAAACAGAUCACUCCAAAUGACAUAUUAUUCCGACUUCCGACCACGAAGUCUAUAGAGUUCGCAGUCCAGUGUAAACCAACCCUAACUGACAAGGUCAUCGGGGAAAUCAGAUUUUCUGUGCGCGAUAAUCCGUAUGAGGAGAAUGCUCUGCAGUUGAUGGGUGAAGGUUACAAGGAAGAUGUCACUAUUGAUAAUAUUAUAAACGGUACGAAAGAUACCAUCGACAGCGCCGCAGAGCGAAGUGAUGGAAACCAAGUCUUCUUUGGUGACUGUUCUAUCAGUGUUGCGAAGAAAGUUUCAUUUACACUGACCAACCAUUUGGAACACGAUGCAGUGCGAUUUAGCUGGUCCCCCGCGGAAGGUCUUACAUUUACACCUUGCAUUGGACACCUUCUCGCGAACUGUGCCAAAGACAUCUCCGUUUCAUUCACCUCCGACAAGCCAAUCACAUUAGAUAAUGUUCCCGUCAACUGUAAAGUUAGCAAGAUAAAGCUGGCAGAGGACAGCAAGAAAGCUGUGGACUGGGACGACCGAAUGCGAACGGUGAAGUGGAUUGACGUAAACGGUCGUACGACAACGCGCGAGGAAGUGCUGUCUUCAGGAGGCCAGAAAGCGACGUCUGAAGUUGGCAAAGAAAGAGCCACGAAGAGGAAAAUAUACGAAACGGAAACAGAGCCAGCUCAUACGGUUAUCGAUCCAGAUCAACCCAGGAUCUUAUCACUCGGAGUAAGCGCUAAAGUCGAUUACGCCACCUGUGAAUGCCCCGUGAACUUGGUUCAUUUUAAGGAUACGCUCAUGUUUCAAACACGAAUUUACAGCUUCGACCUUUCCAAUACAUCCCCAGUCGGUCUUGAUUAUGCAUUGGAAGGGAUUGAAGAUGCAAGUCAGUCAUCGCUGAAUGAACACCAUCCUCCCGUCAGAACAAGCAGUCAAUCGUCGGGUCUUGUCCAGGAUGCGACAUUCCCUUGUUCUCGACCAACAACGGCUAUGGAGGUGGUGUUCGAAACUGGAAGCAUAAGCAGCUGUCUUUUGUCGGAUAGUUUGCCAUUCACGGUAGAGCCAAGUCACGGUCGUAUCCCUCCCGGCGAGUCUGUUCCUAUCACCGUCAGAUUUGCACCUUGCGAUAUCACGGAGUACCAAGGACUUCUCAAAUUUACAAUUCCCAAUCUCCAUCCAGACUCCGAAGUUCCUGAGGUCAAGUUGAAAGGGCGAAGUCUACUCCCAUAUUGUCAUUUCGAGCUUGAAGAAUCUGAUUACAUCACUGGUGGGCGACGGAAUCCCGAAUUACCUGGUCCCUGGGGGGCACCCCCUGGUACUAUGCUUAAUCCCAACACGAAGGUCAUCGAAUUCCAAUCAUGUGGUGUCAAAGUAAAAGUGACAAGAGAAUUUUUCAUCGUUAAUCCAACCGAUAUGGAUCUAAACUUCGUGUGGACGCGAGAGGAUCCCUCUGAUGGCCGCGGUGGUCAAGCAAACCUCACGUGUACACCGAAAGAAGGACUCAUUGAAAGCGGCAAGAAGAUUCAGAUGAAGUUCGAGUAUAUCUCAAACAACCUCGAAUUAACCGAAUCGUUCUGGCGGUUCUUCAUUCAGGAACAUAACAUUUCGCUUCCAUUCCUAUUGGUUGGACAUACCACUGAACCCAAUGUAUCGCUGGAUAGAUCACACUUUAAUUUCCGUGAAAUACUCGUCGGUUUCCCAGCAGAGCAAACUGUGUAUCUGGUGAACGAGGAAGAAAAGGCGUUUAAUUUCUCGUUUGAUGAAGAUUCCUGCCACGCAGACGCCCAUGCGGCUCGAUUGUUUGUCGAACCCAUGUCUGGCUCCAUUCCUGCAAAAUCCAGACUUCCAUUAGCACUGCGUUUCACGCCUGCAGCUCAGAAAGAGAUUAACUUCAACGUUGUGUGUAAGGUAAAGAAGAAGACGGUGCCGUUGACGCUGAACGUUAAAGCCGAAGGAUUCGCCGUGAAUGCUUGUUUGAUUUGCGAAGAUUCCGCUGGAGAAAAAAUAGAAUUAACUUCAUCAGGUUCCAACAGAAUACAGUUUGGUGAGAUCGAAAUUAACGAGAGAGCACUACGUCAACUGUUCGUUAUUAAUUCUGGGAAAUUCAACUUUGAUUUCACUUGGAUCUUAGACAACAAAAGCAAGUUGAAGCAUAAAAAUAACAAGCCCGUGGUUUCUAUCGGUCCACAAAAAGGCUCUGUUCCGUGUAACUCGCGCAAGAGAUGCAUGCUUACAUUUUGUCCACCUGGAAAGUAUACUUUAAAAGAGUGUACACUUAUAUUGAAGAUAACAAAUGGACCAACUUACAACAUUGAGAUCACUGGCAGCGGCAUUCGUCCAUCUCUAAAAUUCUCUUUCAACCGUUUCGACUUUGGCCCAUGUUUUCUCUACCGUGCUGGUAUUGCACCACAGAAGACCACUUUGGUCCUUACCAAUGAAGACAACAAAGACAUCAAUGUUCAAUGCAAGUACGAGAAUACGGCUUUCCUUGAAGUGCAGUCACAGCCAUCAGUAUUACCAUCUGGGGAAAGUACCGAUGUCAACAUCUUGUUCUAUCCCAGAGAAUGUAAACGCUAUCAUGAAGUAAUCCCCUUUGAAAUCAACGGCCUGUCUUUGAUGUCGGUUGAUGUACUUGGACUAGGGACAGAAAUUAAGGUGGAUGUCUGCAACCCGGAUGAUCGUAAAGUCAACUUUGGCGCCCUUCGUGUUGGCCAGUCAGCGGAACGUGUUGUGAAACUGCGUAACAACAGUGCAGCGGCAAUCACAUUUUCGUUGGUCAUUACUCCGUCUUUACCGGUCCUUCAACAGUCUUCCGUCCUUUCUGUCUCUCCUUCAUCAGAUAUCACGUUAGAGCCGAAUGGUGGUUCAUGCAACGUUCACGUGAUGUUCUCGCCAACAACAAGAAUUCCACAGUUUACUGAAGAGGUGAUGUUGGAAUGUGCAGGUUUGUGUCAAACCGUGUUCCUAGUCUCUGGCUUGUGUCAGGCAGUGGACAUUAAGCUGGAUACAACCUCGGUUCCAUUUGGUGCAGUCGUUAUCGGAAGUCAAAGUACUCGUGUCGUGGUCAUGCAGAAUCUUGGCGAUAUUGGUGCGAGGUUUUCAUGGAAAAUGAACGAGUUUAGUUCGGAUUUCUUAGUCGAACCAGUCAAGGGUUACUCCUCACCCGGCACAGAAGUCUCGUUUCAGCUGACAUUCUCCCCUCAGAAAGUUAGCCAAGAUAUACGAAGUGAGGUGAGCUGUUAUAUUGAAGGUGACAGCCCAUUGAAAUUAGUGCUGACUGGAAGCUGCGUUGUUCAAACUCCGGUUAAAGAGGUCCUUCAUUUUUCAACGCACGUUCGAACACGUGAAAUGCGAAGUAUUGUGUUAAACAAUCGCACUAACUUGCUCUGGCAAUUACGUCCUAAAAUCGACGGUGCUUUUUGGUCAGGUCCCGAUGUGAUUGUUGUUCAACCGUUACAAAGUAAAAAUUAUGAGUUGACGUAUAGACCGCUGGUCAUGACGAGCGAAGGAAAGAGGCACCAGGGUUCCGUAUUCUUUCCCCUUCCUGAUGGAAAUGGCUUGUUGUACAACGUUACUGGAGUUUCUGAAGCGCCCAAAGCCAUCAGCAAUAUCAGCCGUGAUGUGCCGUGUAAAACCAACUACACAGAAUUAUUGAAUGUUAACAAUUGGUUGAAGAAACCUCAAAGAUUCCGUGUUGUUUUUGAGAUGCUAAAACCUGACAAACUUGAUGGCUCAACGACAUUGAAAGGCCUUCAAUACAUCGAUGUUCCUGGACAGAUGAAGAAAGAUUAUAAAAUUGAUUUCUAUGCUCACAAGGAAGGAACGUUUAGCGCCAAGGUGAUCUUCAAAAAUGAGCAGACAUCAGAGUAUCUCUUCUAUUACGUAACAUUCAAAGCUACUCCACCAGGCAUCAUAUCAACUAUUGAUCUAACGACACCCGUGAGGCAGUCAGCAUCUCAUGUUGUGAGUCUGUAUAAUCCAUUAACUGCUCAAGUCAGCUUCUCCACAGCCGCAACCUUGUCAGACAUUCUCCUCCCGCCAAAUUUCACUGUUCCGCCACAGUCAGAGGGAUCUUUUACAUUCGACUAUCUGCCAUUAAAAUCUGGCGAGGUGACAGGUCGCCUCACGCUAUCAAGCUCUGACCUGGGAUUCUAUCAAUACGACCUGAAUUUGACGGCAACGCCCGCAGGUCCUGAAAAUCAGGUACACUUCCGUACGUAUCUUGGUUUGACACAGAAUCAAACAUGUCGUUUCAUCAACUUCUGUAAAUCCCGCGUCGAGUAUGUCUGUAAGGUUGACAACCCCGACUUCCAUGUUGAACGUUCGAUAACAGCCGCUUCGGCAUCCAGUGGUGGCACUGAGGUCAGUGUCGAGGUGACAUACGAACCCAGUUGCCUUGGCAACUCUCGCGCCACUUUGCUGGUGACGUCACCGAUGGGUGGCGACUACACGUUUCCGUUAUACGGUUACGCCGCCCCGCCAAAACCUCAGGGACCGUACACCAUCAAGGCCGGUUCGAGUACGUCGAUUCCUUUCAAGAACGUCUUCUCCCAGGCCACACAAUUCACGUUUCAUGUCGAUAACCCAGUCUUCACAGUCAAACCAACUGAGACUAUUCGGGCAAAAAAAUUACACAAUGUCGUCGUCACCUUCGAUGGUAACCAGGGAAACGCAAAGACAACCCGCAUGGGUCGGUUAGUCAUUGCUUCAGCCUCUAGCGCUAGUCUCUCCCACAACAUUGAGUGGGUUUAUUAUCUUAAAGGUAUAACCCCAUAAACUCUUUGCUCUUUG